AUGCUUGAGGUAGUCUUCCGGUAUACAGGCAUUCGAUUUCUGGUAUGUUGUCACAAUCCUAUACGGCUACCUCCUGGAAAGAGUGUGGAAUGUUCCUUCUUCAAGAACUCCUACUGCAAGAGAGGGCCGUCGUGCCGAUAUCGACGUGGAUGA